AUGAUUUCGAAAAUAUAUUCUUUAUUUUCUAUCAAUACAUUUCGUAUAUUAAUCAUUUCAAUAAUUCUUAUUUGGUCAUUAGAUGAAACAAAUUUUUUAUUUCUCACCGAUCUCCUCAAAUCAUCUGGUCAUUCAGAACAAAAAUCAACAUUAUUAAUUGCUAUUAUAGGCAUAGCUGAUCUUAUAGGUCAAUUAUUUUUUGGAUAUUUAGGUGAUGUUGAAUAUCUUAAUCCAUUUAUUCUAUGGACAUGUACAUCUAUUAUUGCUGGUGUAGCACUUAGCAUAGCUCCAUUAAUUGGCUCUUAUAAUAUUAUUGGUUUAUGUAUAGUUUUUGCAAUUCAUGCAUUUUUUCUUGCAGCUCCAAAUAUUCUUGGUAAUAUUAUUAUGAUAGAAGUUGUUGGUAUGCAUCGUUAUGCUAUAGCUUAUGGUUUCAGUUUACUUGUCAGUGGAUUAACUUCUCUUUUUGGAUAUCCAUUACUUGGUUUACUAAAAGAUAAAACUCAUAGUUGGACAAUACCAUUUGCACUUGUUGGUUCUAUUAUGAUUUGUGGUGGUCUUGUAGCUGGAAUAAUUCCUUUAUAUAAUUGUUAUAAGAAACAAAGAACAAAUUCAAAUUAUUAA